UAACUGAGCCAAGCGUGCUCCAAAAUGUUUUCUCCCCGCUGCUUACCCCAGCCAAGCCCUGUUACCCCAUCUCUACCCCAUUUCUGCCCCGGAUUUCUCUCUCUCCACACGAGUCGUCCAGCAGUAUGGCCUCAACGGUCGAGAAGGUCGGCGUCGAUCGCAUCGAAGACACAUCUGAUGCACCAUCCGACAAUGCAUCUGGGCUUGCCGCCGCUUUUGAGCAGGGCAAAGACCCCGGCCUCAGUGCCGCUCACCUCUGCACCGAAGAGGACAACAAGCGCAUUCUGCGCAGAACCGAUAUCUACAUGCUCUCACUUCUUUGCAUGGUCUACUUCCUCCAGUCGGCAGACAAGGGAAUCAUCGGUUUGACGGCCGUCUACGGUUUGAAAACGGAUGCAAACCUUGUUGGCAACGACUAUUCCAAUAUUGGUAACAUCGGUUACUAUGCCCAAUUAGGUGUCCAGCCCUUGGCGGCCUGGGCGCUCGUCAAGCUUCGAUACCGCCAAGUCUUGCCCGUCAUUAUCAUCUGCUGGGGAAUAUCGGUUGCCGGUGGUCUUGGUGGUUCGCGCAGCUACGCCGGCCUCCUGGCAUCCAGAUUCUUUCUUGGAGCCUUUGAGGCUGCCGUUAUUCCUCUUUUCUCGAUCAUCACGAUCGCCUUCUACCGACGCUCAGAGCAGCCCUUUAGAGUCGCUUGCUGGUACAGCUGUUAUGGGCUUAGCACCCUACUCAGCUCCCCAAUCGUUUAUGGUUUUGGUCAGGUCAAAUCCUCCACUCUCUACCGGUAUCAGAUAGUCUAUCUCUUCUUUGGACUCUUGACCAUCGUCAUUGGCUUUACCACAUACUGGUGGGCUCAUGACAGCCCCGGAGAAGCCCGUUACUUGUCCACUACGGACCGUCUCAAGGCUGUUGAUCGUUUGAAGGCCAACCAGCAAGGUAUUGUUUCGCACAAGUUCAAUUGGAAGCAAGUCGGCGAGGCUGUAUCUGAACCCAAGUACUGGCUGUACAUGAUCAUGGUCAUUGCCGUGAACGCCGGAGCUUCCGUCUCUUCAGUCUUUGGGUCCAUCAUUCUUCAGAGUUUGGCUGGUUACACUGCUGAUCAAGCCGUCCUUCUCAACAUGCCCUUUGGCGCACUCCAGUUUAUUUCCAUUCUCGGCGCGUCGUGGUUGGCAUACCGCUUCAAGCGCAAGUCCCCUUUUUUGCUCGCACUCGUCACCAUUGUAAUUGUUGGAGUCGCUUUGCUUGUCGGUCUCCCCAAGACCGCAGCGAACAAGGGUGGUCUUCUCGUCGGCUACUAUUUGAUAGCAUUUGUCUUCGCCAUUAACCCUUUGCUCAUCUCCUGGAUGGGUGCCAAUUGUGCCGGUCAGACCAAGAAAGCCAUCUACUACACCUCAUUCAACGCUGGCAACUCCAUCGGUAACAUCAUUACUCCUUACAUCUUCGACUCGAAGUUUGCUCCACAAUACGUCAAUGCCCUCAAAGGCAUUUUGGCUAUUUGGUGCGUCCUCUGGGGCGUCGUUAUUCUCCAAGUCGUCCUCAUCACGUGGAUGCAGAAGAAAAAGCAGGACCAGCGCGAAGCAGCUGGUCUUCCAAGAGACUUUAUCGACUACUCUAUGGAUGACGCGUUUCACGAGGCCGGCUCCGAGAUCCACGGCGAACUGGGUCUACAAGAUAUGACGGACAAGGAGAACCUUUACUUCCAAUACUUGUUGUAGUAUGAGGGUUGUGUUAUCGCGUUGACCCGAACUGUAUGUCAUGGGUCCUGACUCGGGCGAAGUAAUUGAUCCGAUUUUGUGCUUGAAGCGUUCGUUGUACUGUCUAAGCGUUAUACGUAAACUUUUGUAAGAACAAUUAAAUAGUUAGACUACUUAAAACUGCAUGUUUGCCAGUCCUGGUUUGCAUCAAAUAACCUUAGCAGAAACUGGUAUAACAUGCGUGAACCCUCUGUUUUGGCUUCACGUGCGCCAAGGACUUUUUGCCCUUCAUCUAGCACAGAGUAUAAUAGCUCUUAUUUCCAGAGCCUCUAGUCUUG